AGGUUCGCCAUCACUGGGCUUAUAUAGUCAACCCGAAAGCCUACAGCUUGGUCCACCCUAUUUUCAUUUCUGCUGUCGUUACAGGUAAAAGUAAAAACUGUAAUUCCGUCUCUGUUGGAGCCUUCCUCGAUGAUGACGACAUGAGUUUGGAAGAAGUCAAAAACAGGCAAAACGCGGCCAGGAAUUACAGCCCCGUCAUAGCCCCCAACGAACUGCCCACCAUCGGUACCUUCGGGAGCUCCAAGUGCGACAUACUCGCCAUCGAACAGACGGGGACCAUCAUGCCAAGGACCAAAACCUCCAUCCGGCCGGCCGAAAAAGGAGACCCCCUCAGUAAAAACGGAUACUGCAGUCCGGCCACUAGCGAGGAUAGGACAGGAAACCACAGGAGGCAUCCCAGCCAGGAGGAAAACUUUCAGUCCCCUGUGGGCAACUUAAUGGAUAAGUUUGAUCAGCUCUCUUGCCAGGAUCCGGCCGUGGCGAGGGAAUGCCCGUCAGGCAAGAAAACGUCAAAAACGUGGAAAUGCCAGGGGGCAGCUGCCAGGAAGAGCAAGGAGGUCAAAAGCAGAAAGGAAGACGGGGACCCCCAAGAGGCACUGAGACCCUCGGCGGAAACCGAGGUCAGGUCCGGGGAGAGAAAGCCGCCGGGCGCUUUGGAAUCGCAACCCGAGACAUCCGUUCCUGGUUUGCUAAAGACGCCUUCCUCAAACGGGAAAACCAAGCAGAUGUUCCUUUUAGGGUACGAAAGGGGUUUGGGUGCACAGAAAGGGGGUUUCUUCGUGGACUCCACAGAAGGAAAUGUAUUUUAA